AUUUAUGAUGUCUACUUAAUUAGGACUUAUUCUUAGUAAUUUAUUAUUGAUAUUCAACUAAACAUAUUUUCUGUGGGCUGGUUACAAAAUGGAUUUCUUAGCUAUGGGUGAAUCAUCGACUGCACAAGGAACCGAAAUUGAGGCCUUGCUUCAAGGCUGUAGAAAUGGAAGAACGUUAAUGGUGGCAGCUACUUUGAUAGAAAUGCCCAAGAAAAGGAGAAAAGAAGUUCUAACUAUGCAAAGUACUGAUGAAAAUUGUCAAAUAUUCAGCCCAUUUCUUCUUUGUGUAAGAAGUGGACAUAUUCAACUUGUUCGAUUGCUUCUUACAAUGUUUUCAAUUAAUCCAAAUGACAAAUGUCAUACAGGAAAUGUCAGUUUUGAUGGAUAUAUGGUUGAAGGUGCAACACCUUUGUGGUGUGCGGCUGCUAUUGGAAGUUAUGAAAUUGUGAAGAUGUUGAUAGAACAUGACGCCAAGAUAAAUACAUGUACAGCAACCAACUCUAGUCCUCUCCGUGCUGCUUGUUUUUGUGGAAACCUUCAGCUCGUUCAAUUUUUAAUCGAAAGUGGAGCAGAUGUUGAAAUAUCCAAUCUGUAUGGUAAUUCAUGUCUGAUGGUUGCGUCAUAUCGUGGUCAUUUACAAAUUGUUGAAUAUCUGCUUGACAAUGGAGCAAAUCCCAAUGUUCAGGAUGAUUGUAAAGCAACUGCAUUGCAUUUUUCUGUUGAUGGAUCGCAACUCGAUGUAGCUAGAGAAUUAGUACAAAAAGGUUGUGAUAUACAUAUUAGAAAUGAAAACAGAAUGACUGCACCAAUGUCUGCUGCUGAUAGUUGCAAUCCUGAGAUGGUAGAAUUUUUUUCAAAUCUUAUUCAAGUCACCAUACAGGAGAAAAUAAUGUUGUUGGAACUUCUAGGAGCAUCUUUUGCUAACGAUAAAGAUCAUUAUGAUGUUGAUAAAACGUUUCAUUAUUUUUAUUUGGCAAUGCUAUUGAGAAGUCAAGAAAACAUUCCUAAAGAAAUUCUUCCUCCUGUGCCAGCCUAUUUGAACAGAAAAGAAUGUCAAACGAAGGAAGAACUUCAGGAAAUAGCAAAUGACUUGGAUGCCCUACAUAUUGAGUCUCUCAUUGUAAGGGAAAGAAUUCUGGGCAUUGACAAUCCUGAAGUACCUCACCCCAUCAUAUACAGAGGAGCGGUAUAUGCAGACCGUCUACAGUUUGCUAGAAGCAUCAGUUUGUGGCAACGUGCACUGGACUUAAAGCAAAAGAAUAAAAAAGAGGCGCAUGCAGAUUUACUUCGUUUUGCAGAGAUAUUUUCACAAAUGGUUUUAUUGAGGGAAGAGAUAGAUGUGGAGGCUCUGGCUGCUGUGCUGGAAUCAUGUCUGACUGAACUUAUAAGAACUAGAACAAAACUAAUAGAAGCAAAGAAAAAAAUUCCAAAUUUACCAAAUUCUAACCCAAAACCUCAUUCGUCCAAAAAGUCUUUCAAAUCGGUUCAUGUUAUUUCUGAUGAAGAAAAAGUCGAUACAUUGCAGACGCAAUUAAAAGGAAAUAUGCACGUUAUGCUUUAUUUAUUACUUGUUGUCACUAAAUCAGCUAAAUCAAGAGGAGAUUCAUAUAAAUGUGGAAAAGUAACAUAUCAAUUUGUUAUGCUGGAUUUCAGAGACCAACAUAAUCGCACUCCAUUGCACCUUGUCUUAGAUGAAUCCACUCCGGUUGAUGAUUUUCAUGUCAAAGAUGUAUGUUCGUUUCCCAACUCUGAAGUUGCAAGGUUACUGUUAUCUUGUGGUGCAGAUCCAAAUGCUACUUGUGACAAAGGAAAUACUCCACUUCAUUUAAUAGUACAGUAUGCCAAGCCCAUCAGUGACUUCAUGACGUUGCACACCGCAAUUAUUGAUUUACUAGAAGCUGGAGCACAUCCAGACAUAAGGAAUAAAAAACGUCAAUCUGCACAGGACUUAGCAACAACUGGUGUAGCGGAAAUUAUAUUAAAAAAGGAAUCAAACUGGUCUUUGGCAUGUUUUGCAGCUCGUGUCAUCAGAAAACAUGAUAUACCGUAUAUAGGUCAAGUACCGAAAACAUUAGAAAAUUUUAUCGAAAUGCAUUGACCAUUAUGAGUUGUUACUGGUUUACUUGCGGACCUUUCUCUAUGUGACGCUUAUUCACGCAUUUUGUUCUGAACAGGGCCCUGUGCAAAAGCCACUUAUAUCUAACAAUAUGUAAGGAGCUGUCAUUUUUUAAAACGGCCAGAAGAAUUGGCAUUUCCCCCCAAGUUAUUACACCAAGGAUUUGAACCCGAGAUGCUAACACAGUUAGUUUAUCAUUUUAACUGGUAGGCUCCACUUGCCACCAUGCUCACUUGACUCUAUUCAUUAUAUGCAGGGAAAAAUUUAGUUACCAUUAAAUAGAAAUUUUCUAUAUAAUAAUAUUUCAAGCCGAAUUUGUUCAAAUUAAAAAAAUUCAAGACAACAACAAGUCAAAUCAGGCACACUUCUGACAUCUCUUACUAAUUAGCAAUUGAAGCCUGUAUGUUUUCCGAAUAGUUCCAUUUCAAAAGCAUGAGCGUAUAAACUGUAAAAUUUACAGUGUUGAUAGAAUGUAGAUUUUCAAAGCCAGUGGCUGAAAUUCAUGGAUAUGAUGAAGUGGCUAGCAAUCCCCUUAGCCCUGAUUCAUACAUUCUGAUUUUUUUUUUGAAUUGCUUCAUCUCUUCAACGGUAUUGUGCCAAUGUAUUGUUGACGAGCGCUAUAACAUACACCUUGUUUUAUCUUUUCUACAAGUUCACACAUUAUUUUGCAGUCAGAACAUUAUUCCCAAAUUGCCUAAUCAGUGGUUUCGAACAUUUUCCAUCAAACUUCUCCCUCACCAUAAUAAAAACGACUUUGUUUGUUCAAUCUUUAAUGGAUCCUUAGCUACCAGUUGCACUGUCUCUUGUACAGUUUAAAAUGUUUGCAUAAAGAGGCAUUAUGGUUUUGUUAAAAAACUACAGCAAUAACAAAACAAAAUUCUUCUUGGUUGGGAAAAGUUGACUUAGUUGGUAAGGUACCUACUCUAUUUAUUGCCUUUUGAAUAAUCUGCUCUUCUAUUUUAUCUUUAUCGCUGGUGAGUUUUCACUGUGCUGACCUCGUUUAUCUUCCAGCGUAAUAAAUAAGAUAUCCAUGCAA